AAUGAAAGCUAAAUUGAAUAGGGAGGAUUAUUAAUUUCGAAAGAAAACAGGUUAAGAAUUGAUUAAAUAUCCUGGAUAAUUAAAUGGAUUAGACUUUGUGAUUUCUAAUUGUGAAGAGUGCACCAUCUAUAUUUGUGAUCAUGCCGCAUAAAUUUUUGUGGAUUUGAGCAAGAAUUGUAAAAUCUAUAUUGGACCAGUUGAAGGUUCUAUCUUUGUUAGAAAAUGUGAAAAUAUUGAAAUAAGUGCAGCAUCUAGUUAAUUUAGAGUCUCAAAUUCAAAUAAGUACUUAAUCAUUAAUAUAUAUUAUCAAGUAUCUAAUGUUUUGUCUACACUUCAAGUGAUCCAGCAUUAGAAAAAUCAACUGCCAUCACUUUUGCUCCAUAUAAUUUUGCUUAUCCUGGGAUUACUGAAGAUUUUGGGAAAGCCAAGUUAGAUCCUGCAAAUAAUAAAUGGAGUGAAGUUUUUGAUUUCACUCCAAAUACUGAAGUUAGUAAUUGGACUCUUUUACACCCAUCAUAAUUUCAUUUAGUGAGUAAAACAUUUGAAGGCCUUGAAGAACCUGGAUAAUGUCCUGUUCCAAUUCCUACUACAUAUGGUGGUACAUGUACUAAGAAAAUCAUUUUGGGAAGUGCUGAUUAAAAAGCAAGUGGUUUGGAAUUAGAUUUUUUGAUGGGAAAGGAGAAUAUUAAGAACUAAUAAUAAUUAGCUGAUGAGAAUCAAUCUUAUUAGGAGACUUAACUCAAAGUAACUAAUUAGAAUAAAGGUGAAGUGGAUUUGAAUUAAGGCAAUUAUGAAGAAUUUAUAUUUGAUGAGGAAAGUGUUAAAAGUACAGAACCUUAGGUCAAUAUGUAAAGUCAGACUACUUUUAAUGUAUUUGAUGAAUUAGUUGUAGAUAAUCAAUUUAACAAAUAAAAAAAUGAAAAUCUGAAUUAACAAAUGAUUAAGGAUGUAAAUGAAUUGUUUAAAUUUAAUAUAGGAUGCUGAAAGAAAACAAAAAGAACAGAAAAGAAAAUAAGCUUAAGAAUAUUUAAAAAAAUUUAUGAGGUAAACUAAUUAAUAUGAUUAUAGUGAAUUCACAGAAUUAGCAAAUUAAAGAAAAACAUAAAAUAGGGCAAUUGUCAGAGAAAAGGUAUAGAAGGAAGAGGGAUGGAAGACAGUAGUUACAAAUAUAGAUUUGAAAGAUAAUGGAGGUGAAAAAGAUGUCAGUAAAAUGGCAUAAGCUAUUAAAAAUAAAUUCAAGGAUGUGUUAAAAUGAU